GAGCCCUUUAAGGGCCGCUGCAGCCACACAGAGCCUGCAUUCAUCUGAGGGCUGGGAGGGGAGGCCUGCACUCACACUUUGGGAACAACUUCAACAUUCUGACGCUCCAAACUUUUCCUCUCUGCUGAAGUCCGACUAGCUGGAUUUCCGUCGCGGGACACACCGGCAAAAGAAACACGGGGCGGGUUUCAGACCAGCGGGCGCAGUUGGUGCACACAGCCGUGUUUUAGCAGGGAAACUGGGGUCCAAGGUGCGCACUGAGCCGCCUAUGAUACCAACCACACGGAUGGAAAGAACUUUGAUGUUCAACCCUCACAGAGUUUUACAAAGGAGACUGAGAGUAGAGACAGAUUGGCAGUUUAUAUUAUAAUUUAGCAGAGUUGAAAAGAUCCGAUACACCGACAGCCGUCAGCCCAAAACCGCAUAACCGUAGGGACAAAAAGGAACAGGGAGAGUUUUAGGAACAGGUCUAGCACCCUCUGCACACCUGGCAGCGAGCGGGUGCGUGAAGAUGUCCAGAGAGGAGCACAGCUUGUCAGACGUCGAGCUCAGUCCGAGCGUGUCGGACGACAGUCGUUCCCGAUCGCCCGGCCGCUCUUCCGCCGCAACCGGCAGGGGCGAGUCGCCUCUUCGCAGGCGACGGCUGCCGGCGGGCGCGGACAACGGAGCGGGCGAGAACCCCGCCGAGAAAUCCGACGAGGAGGACGAGCGCUUCACGGCGGGUAUCCGUGACGCCGUGAGCCAGGUGCUCAACUGCUACGACUGGACGCUGGUACCCGUGCCCGUGCGCGUCAACAGCGGGAGCAAGAGCAAGCCGCACGUCAAGAGACCCAUGAACGCCUUCAUGGUGUGGGCACAGGCGGCCAGGAGGAAACUGGCAGACCAGCACCCACACUUGCACAACGCCGAGCUCAGCAAAACCCUGGGGAAGCUUUGGAGGCUUCUCAACGAGAGUGAUAAGCGACCGUUCAUCGAGGAGGCAGAGAGACUGAGGAAGCAGCACAAGAAGGACUAUCCUGACUACAAAUAUCAGCCACGACGCCGCAAGAACGGAAAGAUGGGUUCCGGGUCAGGAAGUGAUGCCGACGGCCAUUCGGAGGGUGAGAUCAGGCACAGCCAACCCAUCUACAAUGGCCUCCAUCUGGAUGUGGCCCUCGCAAGGGGAGCCAGGUCCCCUCCGGCAGAUAGGCACCACCCACACGCUGCAGGUCAGAGCCAUAGUCCACCUACACCCCCAACCACACCCAAGACCGAGCCCCAGUCUGGGAAGGCCGGGGAUGGCAAGAGGGCCUUUGGCAAUAGUGUGAUCUCCCGUGGCCCGAUGGGAGCAGAAGGUAGUUCAGGUGCCACAGGGCCUGUGAAGCCUCAUAUUGACUUUGGCAAUGUCGACAUAGGUGAGAUGAGCAGCGAGGUGAUUGAGCCUUUUGAUGUCAACGAGUUUGACCAGUACCUACCCCCCAAUGGUCACCCAGGGGUCGGACAGAUCGCAGGGUCAGGAGCCGCCACGCCUGCCACAACCGCAUCCCAAUACCCGUACGGAAUCUCCUCAGCUCUGGCAGCGGCCAGUGGACACUCGGCAGCCUGGCUGUCCAAGCAACAGCUGCAACACCACAGCUCCCCUUCCAGCUCAGACCCCUCCAAAGCCCAGAUCAAGAGCGAGGCCGUAUGUGCUGGUGGUCACUUUUCAGAGGCAGAUUCAGCCGGUUCUCAUGUCACCUACGCCCCGCUGAGCCUCCCUCACUACAGCUCUGCCUUCCCCUCCCUGGCCGCAAGGGCUCAGUUUGCCGAGUACGCCGACCAACAAGCGUCAGGGUCCUACUACGCUCACUCCAGCCAGGCAGGGUUAUACUCCACCUUCUCCUACAUGGGGACCACCCAAAGGCCCCUGUACACUGCCAUCAGUGACCCGGCCAGUGUGCCGCAGUCACACAGCCCCACACACUGGGAGCAGCCGGUCUACACGACACUGUCGCGGCCAUGACAGACAACAAAACCAGAGGGCACUGGUGCAGGUCCGGCUCCCGCGCCCAACCCGAGAAGCAACAGCCGUGUUGGGGUUGAAAUUGGUCUGGGCCAAGGGGAUUGGGCUGGCACCAGGGGAGGCGGCAGGGAGGAAACCCCGCUCUGCUCUCACCCGGAUGCAGAAAUGCUGUCGCAGGUGAAGGAUGAGUUUGGAGAAUGGUACUUUUGAGGCGGAUUACUUUGGUGGCAGAAACAUCCGCCCUGGCAUGUACCAGAUUACAUUUUCAGCAAGUGUCUACCGCUCCGAACACAACAAACAGCAGCGAUUGAGGUUUAUGCUUAGGUGAUUCUAGGCUUCACCAGGACAAUCAUGCUGUCCAACACCCUUCGAAGAAAGAGAAAAAACUAAACCAGUUUCUCAUGGUUCACGCUGUGAGGUGUCAUUUUUAAAACCUUGACUCAUCGUUCAACAUGUUUGAUUGUUUGGAUGAUGUACAAGAAGAAUGGAGUGCCAAAGUCUUGCUGGCUCAUUCAGAUCUCGGGCGCAAGUAAGCGGUCAUCCAGCAGACGUUGGUCUUUCAGCAAACCGUCACGCUAGCGGUGUCGCUUUAAUCGGCACAUUUGUUCCUGUUCCUGUUCCUUCUUGUUUUUUGUGUGCGCUUUCUCCACUCUGAAUAAGCAUAAGGAGCGUUUUACUUCCGUACUUACCCUUUAAUAAGUAUACUACGUACACCGAUCAUUGUACACCAUGUACUUACGUAGUUCCUAAGGACGAUCAUUGUACACUGUGUACUUAGUUCCUAAGGACGAUCAUUGUAUACCAUGUACUUAGUUCCUAAGAACGAUCAUUAUACACCGUGUACUUAGUUCCUAAGGACGAUCAUUGUACACUGUGUACUUUGUUCCUAAGGACGAUCAUUGUACACUUUGUACUUAGUUCCUAAGGACGAUCAUUGUACACCGUGUACUUAGUUCCUAAGGACGAUCAUUGUACACUGUGUACUUAGUUCCUAAGGACGAUCAUUGUACACCGUGUACUUAGUUCCUAAGGACGAUCAUUGUACACCGUGUACUUAGUUCCUAAGGACGAUCAUUGUAUACCAUGUACUUAGUUCCUAAGAACGAUCAUUAUACACCGUGUACUUAGUUCCUAAGGACGAUCAUUGUACACUGUGUACUUAGUUCCUAAGGACGAUCAUUGUACACUGUGUACUUAGUUCCUAAGAACGAUCAUUGUAUACCGUGUACCAAGUUCCUAAGAACGAUCAUUGUAUUUAUCUGCUUCCUCUUCUUUCUUUUUUAAUCGUUUGUCCCUCUCUUUCCGCUACGUAGCCAAGAUUAGGGCUGAGCGAUACGACUGAAAACUGUAUCACGAUAUUUGUGUUUUAUAUCGGUGAUUAUAGAUAAUUAUUGAUAUUUUUAUGACCUAUCGAAAAUAACUUCUUUUUUUUGACACUGAAUUUAUGUAACUGAUUUUUUUGCGUUUGGAUUUUGUAAACUGACAUUUUUUUUUACAAUCCAAUAUCAUUGAAACAAACAAAGUUCUGUGUAUAAAAAUUCAGUGUAAAAAAAAAGAUUAAAUGUAAAAAAAAUUCAGUGUAUAUAAAUGUUUAAAAAAAUUCAGUAUAAAAUAAUUUAGUGUAAAAAAAAUCUGUUUCAACAUUCAGUGUAAAAUAAAUAAAUUCAGUGUAAAAAAAUUCAGUGUGUAAAAAGUUCAGUGUAAAAAAAUUCAGUAUAAAAACAUUUAGUGUAAAAAAUUCAGUGUUUCAGAAUUCAUUGUAAAAUAAAUAAAUAAAAUCAGUGUAAAAAAAAUUCAGAGCAUAAAAAUGUUGUGUAAAAAAUUCAGUGUUUUAAAAUUUAGUGUAUAAAAAUUCAGUGCUGAAAAAUUUGCUGCUCCAAAAAGCAAAACUCACUUCCGGUAAAUUAGGGCUGACGCAAUGGAUCCUGUCUCAGAAUCAGCCAAUGAGGUGUCAAGUUUGCAGUAACUGCCUUUUUUAUGCCAGACCCGUGUCACGUGACUUCAAACUGGACACCUCAUUGGCUGGUGAAAUUGUCAGCAUAAUUUGAUGUAAAAAAAAAAAAAUGUAGUUCACAAAAUUGUAACCUAAAAUAAUCAGUUACAUAAAUUCAAUGUAAAAAAAAAAAAAAGCCUUCAUAAUGAAGACACAAAUCAACCUUCAUAUUCGGGGUGCAUCCAUCACCAUUUGGGGCGUGUCAUACGGAUUCGGACCAGCGACAAAAUACUCUCUUUGGAUUGCGAAGUUAAAAAAAAUCAAAAAAAUCCACGAUGACUGUUGAGUUUAUACAAUGUACAAAUACUACUUCUUUGUAACAUGACCAAAGCUUUGACACCAAAACGGGUUUUAUGAUAAAUAUGUAACAGUGUUCUAGGAUAAAUAUGUAACAGUAUGAUAAAUAUGUAACAGUGUUCUAGGAUAAAUAUGUAACAGUAUAAUAAAUAUGUAACAGUGUACUAUGAUGAAUAUGUAAGAAAGAAAUGUCUGAAACAGCGAUUUCUCCCAACGUGACAUUCCAAGCUACCUUGGCUAAACGACGUAUUAGACUAGCUUUUUGUAAAGACGUAAUCACAAAGAUUGUCACUCUACACGAGCACCAAUUCCACACGCUACCUUUAUCAUCUUUUAUUUUGCGUCUCGUGGAAGUGGGCCGUCUUCUGUGACCACUGAGAGUAGUGAAAUGUCACAACUUUCACGUCACAUUAAGUAGGAUUCGUGUUAAAAUAAAUAUUAACUGUGCCUUAGCAUUUAUUCUUGUUUGUCACACAUUAAUCACACAACAUAACAUCCACUCAUGUAUCACGUACUACUUCAUACACUAUGUUGUUUUAUUCAUCUCCAAAAACACUUUUAUUUGAGCUUCUUUUACUUUGAAAAACCCUCACAUGCCGUAUAUUAUAUCAUAAUAAUAAUGCCUUAUCCAGACAUCCUGCUGCAUGCAGCCCUGCCACAAUAAAAGGCUUUGUAUGUGUGUACUGUUCAUACUGUACAUGCAAAUUAUGUUAUGUACUAUUCAUACUGUACAUGCAAAUUAUGUUAUUAUGUACUAUUCAUACUGUACAUGCAAAUUAUGUUAUUAUGUACUAUUCAUACUGUACAUGCAAAUUAUGUUAUGUACUAUUCAUACUGUACAUGCAAAUUAUGUUAUUAUGUACUAUUCAUACUGUACAUGCAAAUUAUGUUAUGUACUAU